AUUGCACACCGAAGCCAAACACAAAUAAGCGCACUGCACAACCGGCGUGGUAUAAUCGUUGCUGAUCGUAAUGGAAUAAAACCCUAGAAAACGGUUAAACCCUUGAGUCGACGAUGGCUGCUUCAACGGUUUUGUCCAGAUUAUCGUGUCGUUCAUCGUCUUUGGCUUUAAAAUUCACCUCCAGAUCAACCAAACCCUCGGUUUCUCCCUUGAAAUCGAGCUCUCAAUCUCAGUCCGCUUCGACUAAGCGCACUUCUCGGAUUCCAAGAUUACCGGUGCAAAUGAGUAGCUUAGUUUCAAUGAUGCCAUUGCAUAGCGCAAUUGCUUCUGCUCGGCUGACAUCAGUCCUUUCAGUAGAGUCGCAGAGCUGGGGUUUGAUUCCUCAAGGCAUCUCCAUGCCUUUAUGACAGAUAGUAGCUCCUUCAUCAGAAUCAUCACAGGUUCCCACCAUUGCAAAUGGAUCUUCUAUUUUGUUAAAAUUUUAUGAAGGAUGUUAACCCAGUCUCUUUGAACUUUAUUCCAAGGGGUGACUUGGUGAAAGUUUUUUGUUCUUUUGAUUCCCUUGUUCCCUUGUUUAAAUCGGCAUCAUGAAUGGACAUGUUCAGCACUGAUGUUAAUCACUCCUUUUUAUUCCCUUUCUCGGAGCUUCUCUUUCUUCAUGGUCAGUCAGAAAGAGGAUUGGAUAUCUGGUGAAUAAUGUUUAUCUUACUGCCCUGUUAGAAUUGAUUUUUUCCGAGGUUCUUGCUGCUGUCA